CAAGAGAACAAAGGAGAGGGAGAGGAGAAAGAGAACGAAGGAGAAAGACUGAGAAGAGAGAGAGAGAAGACAGAGCUCAUAGUUGUUUGCAGUAUGAACCAGUCCAGCCAGGACCAGAGUGGAGUGGGGACAGCAGACCCUGAUGAGGACUCUCCCAACAUCAUCGUCUACAGAAAGAUUGAGGAGAUAGUGACCCGUAUCCAGGAUGAGACUGAGGGCGUUCCCAUCAGAACUGUCAAGAGCUUCCUGACCAAGAUACCCAGCGUCGCCACAGGUGCAGACAUAGUGCAGUGGCUGAUGAAGAACCUAGCCAUUGAUGAUCCAGCUGAGGCCAUACACAUCGGGAGUCUGAUUGCUGCUCAGGGAUAUCUCUUCCCCAUCUCUGAUCACGUUCUGUCACUCAAAGACGACGGAACCUUCUAUCGCUUCCAGGCUCCAUAUUUCUGGCCUUCUAACUGCUGGGAGCCAGAGAACACAGACUAUGCUAUCUAUCUGUGCAAGAGGACCAUGCAGAACAAGACCCGUCUGGAGCUGGCUGAUUAUGAGGCGGAGAACCUAGCCAGGCUACAGAGAGCCUUCACUAGGAAGUGGGAGUUUGUCUUCAUGCAGGCCGAGGCUCAGGUCAAGAUCGACACGAAAAAGGAUAGAAUUGAGAGGAAGAUUCUAGACAGUCAAGAAAGAGCUUUCUGGGAUGUCCAUAGACCUGUGCCAGGUUGUGUGAACGUCACAGAGAUGGACAUCAGGAAAUGCAGACGUAUGAAGAACCCACAGAGAGUCAAGAAGUCAGUGUAUGGACUGAUAGAGGAGGGUCAGUCACAGAGCCCGGUACACACACCCUCACAACUAGCCAGGAAAGGCACCAAAGAGGACGUGGAGAAAGAGAUUGUGUUUCUUAACAGCCAGUUGGACAGACACUGUAUAAAGGUUUCAAAAGUCGCUGAGAGUCUGAUGACCUACACUGAGCAGUACCAGGAGUAUGACCCGUUUGUGGUGUCACCAGAACCCUCCAAUCCCUGGACCAGUGACGACCUCUCAUUCUGGGACCUAGAGGCCAGUAAGGACCCCAGUCAACAGAGAGUGAGGAAGUGGGGAUUUUCUCUAGAUGAAGCUCUGAAGGAUCCGGCAGGUCGCGACCAGUUCCUCAAGUUCCUGGAAUCAGAGUUCAGCUCAGAGAACCUACAGUUUUGGUUGGCUGUCCAGGAUCUGAAGAGGCAGCCUCUGGAGAACGUGGCAGAACGGGCUCAGGAGAUCUGGGCAGAGUUUCUGGCAGAAGGCGCUUCCAGCUCCAUCAACCUGGACUCACACAGCUACGAACGCACCAGCGCCAACCUUAAAGACCCUGGACGAUACAGCUACGAAGACGCUCAGGACCACAUCUAUAAGCUGAUGAAGAGUGACAGCUACGCACGGUACCUCCGUUCCAACUCUUACCAGAACCUUCUGACGGCCAGGAAGAAGCCUGAGACGGAGCAGCAGCAGGGAAGACGCACCUCUCUGGAGAAGUUCACACGCAGUGUGGGAAAAUCACUGACAGGCAAACGGCUGACGGGCCUGAUGCAGUUGUCCUGACCAGGCCUGGGGCUAGAGUAAGACAGCCAUGCCCACCGGAGCUGAUCCACUGUGGGGAGAGUGGUGUUGAGGCUUAGAAGCCUAACUGGGGCCUGGACACAACGUCGCCCACAUAACUGACUUCAGAUCAGUUUCCUGAGCUUCAGCGGAGGACAGACAUCAUGCAAUAAGUCACUUAGAUCUGACACUGGGCGAGUGCUGUCUUUGGCUGCGUCUCAAGUGGCACCAUGUUGUCUUAUAUAGUGCACUACUUUUGACUAGAGUCCAUAUGAUUUGUGUACUUUUGUUUAAUCCAUACGAGAAAGUAUACACUUUGGGAAAAGGAUGGAGACUGGCAACAUCCUAGCCUGGGCAUUAGUCUAAAGUAGUGGAGACUGGCAACAUCCUAGCCUGGGCAUUAGUCUAAAGUAGUGGAGACUGGUAACAUCCUAUCCUGGGCAUUAGUCAAAAGUAGUGCACUAUAAAGACAAUAGGGUGCGAUUUGGGACGUAGACACUGUGUAGUUUAUCGAAAUAUAACUCUGCCCCCUCUCUCUCUCUGGCUCUCUCUCUGUCUCUCUCUCUCUCUCUCUGGCUCUCUCUCUCUCUCUCUCUCUCUGGUUCCUUUAAUAGAUUCUAUAACCAAAUGGAACGUCAGACUUCUACUUUAUCUCAGCUCAUGUUACUACAGUAUAAUACCUUUAUUAUAUAAACAUAAAAAUGGUUAAAUGAUGUUUAUAAUGGAUUUAGAAUAAGCACCUUAUUUUCAUUCGUCACUCUGAGGUAGGCCAGUAUAUGGAAACGGGAACAUAAUGAUCUGUUCUGCUCUUUCUAUUGAGUUUUUCAGCCUUGAUUUGAUUUUAGUUACUUAAAAAAAAAAAAAAAAGAGUUCGACGGCACCCUAAUUAACAAAAUAAAAAA